AAAAUAUUAUUAGUUUUAAAUGAAGACGAAACCUUACCGACGUUUACAAAAACAACCCUUUGGCGUUUAUUAAAAUUAUUGGGCUUUGAAUUUCAUAAUAGAGGACGAAACAGUGCGUUGAUUGAAAAUAACGAAGUUCGUUUAUGGCGUAGGAGAUAUAUAAGAGAUAUAAGGAAAUAUCGAGAAGAAGGCCGACCAAUUUAUUAUCUCGAUGAAACGUGGGUGAACGCCGGAGACGUGGUGAUUAAAGUAUGGUGUGACAAGACAGUCCAGUCAAGCCAAGCAGCAUAUGACAAGGGUCUUUCUAUUGGAGCAGUCAAUCUCACUGGAAAGGGAAAACGACUAAUAGUGUGUCACAUCGGCUCCGAAGAUGGAUUUGUACCAGGUGGAUUGCUAUGCUUUGAGUCUAAGAAAAACACCCAAGACUAUCAUGACGAGAUGAAUGGAAAUACUUUCCAUGAUUGGUUAGGUGUUUUACCUAGGCUCAAAGAUAAUGCAAUUAUAGUAAUGGAUAACGCACCAUACCAUUCGAUAAGACAGAAAAAAUGCCCAACUACUAAUUGGAGGAAGGCUGAUAUCAGUGAAUGGCUGCGUAGCAAGGGAGAAGUUGUCGACCCAACUUUGAUUAUACCCGAACUUUUAGAAAUGGUAAAAAGAAUAAAACCCUUGUACAAUAAAUACGUUGUUGAUGAGAUGGUUUUACAACAUAAUAAAACAAUAUUACGGUUACCGCCUUAUCAUUGUGAGCUCAAUCCGAUCGAGUUAGCUUGGUCUGUGGUAAAACGACAUGUUAAAUCUAACAAUAAAACGUUUAAAUUAGCUGAUGUAAAAAAUCUUUUAAUUGACGGAGUGGAAAAAUUUGACGCUGAUAU